CACUUUGACUCUCUCUCUUCUCUCUCUCUCUCUCUCUAGAUUUGAUCACCUUAUAUAAAGAAGAUCCCCAUUCACCAUUUUCUCAUCAAACCCCAUUUAGCUGAAUUAUCAAUUUCGUUUUUCAUAUCAUCAAAACAAAAAAAAAAAGUUUUAAUUCACAACAAAAAAAGGGGCUGCAAAAACAAACAUCGAGAGUAAAGAAUAUAUUUUUAUGGCUUCUUCAAUGAAAUCAUCAUUGAUUCUAUUCUUCGCUUCCUCUCUCUUUGUUCAAGGAAUUCUCGCGGAGUUGAUCUGCGAGGAUUUGCCGGCGAACAGGUGUUCGUUUGCGAUUGCUUCGUCGGGGAAAAGGUGCGUGUUGGAGAACUUUUCCGACGAGCGUGGGACCCUAGAUUACACGUGUAAGACAUCCGAGGUUGUUGUGGAGAGAUUGUCGGGCUACAUCGAGACCGACGAGUGCGUCAACGCCUGCGGCGUUGACCGCGGAUUCGUCGGAAUAUCCUCCGACGCCUUCCUCACGGCGGAUUUCACCCCCCGUCUCUGCUCCCCCGCAUGCUACCAGAACUGCCCUAACAUCGUCGACCUUUAUUUCAACCUCGCCGCUGGUGAAGGAGUGUAUUUGCCAGCUCUCUGUCAGAAGCAGAAGUCGAACCCACACCGCGCCAUGCUGGAGCUUCUGAGCAGCGGUGGCGGCGCCGCCCCUGGUCCGGUGGCUGCUGAUGACCUUGUUCACGCUCCGGCUUACGCCCCUGCAUCUCUCUAAAUUUUUUAUUAUAUUAUUAUUAUUAUAAAAAAUGCAAUUUUAAACUCGUAAUUCAUUGUACUACUAUUGAGAUUUUCAUAUGAUCGUUCAAAAGGGAAUCAUUUGUGGUACGUAGUUUGUUUUAGACCGGGUUUUGAUUCGGGUUUUCGGCUCUCGAUUCGAGAGUUGUGUAUGUGUGACAUUCAAUCCAUAUAUUUUUUUCUUACAAUAAACAUUACUCCCUACGAUUUUCGA